CCCCAAACGGAAUUGAAUGUGAUUGCGGUGUGCUUCUCCCCUCCCUCCUCUUUAGGUUCUUUCUCAACUUCUGCGCCCAGAGAUGCCAUCGAUUUAUAUGAUAUACAACAGGCGAUUUUCGAUGCUUCGAUGCUAUGGAUAAAAUUUGUAAAUUUAUCGCAUGUCGUUCAUAAAAAGUUAUAUUGA